GUCAACACAAAAGUCAAGCACUGCAGCUCCAUUUCGCGGAAAUAAGCACGAGGACGAGAAAAAAAGAAAAAGGAUAAAACUACAAAAUCUUACUUCCUACAAUAUGUUUCAUGGACUUGAUUUAACCUCAUAGAAACGAAGCCAUUACCAGAGGCCGGUGAGUUUGUGGUUGUUUAGUUGACUGAGAAGAGUGGGGAAAUGGAGGUUUUAGGAAAGGCUCAGAGGCCCCACCACCGGCAGUCUGGAUUUUUAAUUUCUAGGAGGGUGAGUGCUUAUCAGUUGCCGGAGAUUGUUGAAGAAGAAAGUAAUGAGAAAGUGUAUAUUGCGGUUGGAAAGUGUCUGGAGAAAGGUGUUAGUUUGCUUCAGUGGAGUUUUAAGCGAUUUGGAGGCGGUAGAGAAUUUUGUAUUCUUCAUGUUGACCGGCCCUCUUCACUCAUUCCAACUCUCCUGGGUAAAUUACCGGCGAGUCAGGCUAAUCCUGAAGUGGUUUCUGCAUUUAGAAUGAAGGAGAAAGAUGAUAUGAAGAAGCUUUUAGACUAUUACUUUAGCAUUUGUUCUGAAGCUAAGGUGAAUGCAAGCAUCAUAGCAACUGAAGCUGACCAAGUGCAGAAGGCAAUUAUAGAACUAGUAAACAUACAUGGUAUUAGGAAACUUGUUAUUGGAGCUGAACCAAACAAUUGCAUGAAGGUCAAAAAGAGCUCUAGCAAAGCAUAUUAUGCUUCCAAAAAUGCUCCCUUGUACUGUGAAUUAUGGUUUGUGAAUAAAGGGAAACUUGUGGGGAUGAGAAAAGCUUCUGAAGGCCCAAGUUCAUUGCCAUUGUGUAAUCAAGCGGAGACUUUGACUGAAGAAACUUUAAGGUCUAGAUCUUUGCAAUAUCAUAGUACUGCUUCACCAUUUCCCCUCGAAAGUUUUCGUUCCAGGUCUGAUACAAGUGUAAAAAGUGCUGGCAUCACUAACUGGGUUCAGAUUGAACCAGUUCAUCUAUUGUCUAUGUCACCAACUUUGUCCAGUUCUGCAAAUGGAUGUUUUACCCAUUUUGAUCAGUUAUUGUUAAGGACAAGAAGUGCUAGCACCAGUUCAGGGUAUACUUCUGCUGAAAGGAUAUCUACAGAUUCUGAUUCAAAGCUUGAGGAAGAUAGCCUUUGGGUUCGACUUAGAGAAGCAAGUUUAGAAGUUGAGGAAUUAAGGAGCAAAACAUAUACAGAGCUAUUGAAGUGCAAAAACUUGGAAUUUGAAGCUAUGGAAGCUAUUGGCAAGGUCCAAGUUUUUGAAUCUGCCCAUGCUCGUGAAGUUAAACUUAGGGAGGAAGCUGAGGAUGCACUUGAAACUACAAUCCAGGAACAAAAUGUGCUCUUUGAAGAGAAAGAAAAAGUUACCAGAGAGCUUCAGAAGACAAUGAGGAGUGUUGCUCUUUUAGAUAGUCGUGCACAAGAAGCAAACCGCAGGUGUGAUCAAGCAGCUGGAGAGUUAAAAUUCAUUCAGACAUCCAUUGCAACUUUGCAGCAAGAAAAGCAAAAACUACGACAACAGAAAAUGGAAGCUGUGCAUUGGCUAGAGAGGUGGAGAAGUCGUGGGCAAGCUGGAGCUACAAAUUGUAAUGGGUUAAUUGGGUUUGUGGAAGAUCUGCCUGAGUCAGCAGAAUUUUCAUUGGCAGAUAUACAAACUGCAACAUGUGAUUUUUCUGAGAGCUUCAAACUUGGGGAGGGAGGAUUUGGCUGUGUCUACAAGGGGGAAAUGUUGGGUAGAACUGUAGCCAUAAAGAAGCUUCAUCCGCAUAACAUGCAAGGGCAAUCUGAGUUUCAACAAGAGGUUCGCGUUCUUAGCAAACUGCAACAUCCUCGUCUAGUGACUUUGCUUGGAGCAUGCCCAGAAGCCUGGUCCCUUGUAUACGAGUAUCUGCCCAAUGGAAGUCUUGAAGAUCGUGUUCUGCGAAAAAGUAACAUUUCUCCUUUGACAUGGAAGGACCGAGCACGGAUAGCAGCUGAAAUUGCUAGUGCCCUUUGCUUCUUGCACUCAUCCAAACCUGAAAAGAUUGUCCAUGGUGAUCUGAAGCUUCAAAACAUUUUACUUGAUUCUAAACUUAGCUGCAAGAUAUGCGAUUUUGGCAUAUGCAGGCUGCUUACGGAGGAGAGCCUUUGUUACCCAAGCUUUCAUAGGGGUGCUGCACCAAAGGGUGCUUUCCCAUAUGCAGAUCCAGAGUUCCACAGGAAUGGAGUCCUGACUCCUAAGUCUGACAUUUACUCCUUUGGAGUGAUAAUUCUACAACUGCUCACUGGAAAGCUACCACUUGGGUUAGCGGCUGAAGUGCGAAAAGCUGCAUCUUGCAGAAAUUGGACAUCAAUUUUGGAUUCAUCUGCUGGGCAUUGGCCUACAAUUGUUGCAAGUCGUUUACUGGACCUGGGGUUGCAAUGUUGUGAAUUGUAUGGUAGGGACAGACCUGAUCUCACACCAACGCUGGUGAGGGAAUUAGAGCAGCUGCAUGUCACUGAGGAGCGGCCAAUACCAUCAUUCUUUCUUUGCCCCAUUCUCCAGGAAAUAAUGUACGAUCCUCAGGUUGCAGCGGAUGGAUUCACAUAUGAGGGAAAGGCAUUGCGUGACUGGUUGGAGAAUGGCCGUGAAACUUCACCCAUGACCAAUUUGAAACUGAGUCAUCUGCAUCUUACUCCCAACAAUGCUUUGCGGCUUGCGAUUCAAGACUGGCUUUGCAGACCUUGAAGUCCCUUUAUUUCAUGUAUGUACAUGAUCUGUGUGUGAUCUCUUAUGUAUAGUGGUGUAUUGUUAGUAUAUCCAUCUUUGCUGUGCCACAGUAAAUCAUGUAAAAGUAGAGAUUGGGUUUUUCCUCUUUUUUAUUUUUUUUAAAUACCAAUCAAUAAGCUGGUCUGUAGUCUGCCUUUCUUAUAGUUAUUCAUGGAAAACCAAAAAUAGAACAAUUAUAGCUAUGAUCUACUUUGCAUGUACUGUUUCAUGGAAAAGAUAGGGAAAAGCGUGUUUUGUUGAUGUAA